AUGAUGACGAAAACUGCGUAGAUUAAGCACGACAAAGAAGAAGAGUAUACUUGAGUAAUUGUCCUAGCAGAGCAGGUGUAAGUGUGUGUGUGUAUUUGAGCUGCAGGCAUGUUUGUUCUGCGAAGCCUCUUUACCUCAGCCAGAAGACACGUCGUUUCCCCGAGUCUAACGGUGGGCCGGGUCUUCCCAGGGUGUUCACGAGCAGCCAGCGGAGUGGUGAAAGACAAGGAGCCGCUGAAGAAAGCUAAAACCCCGCAGGGUCGGUUUGACAGCCCCGAGGAAAGGAGCAAAGAAGUUCUGGAAAAGUUCCCUGAUGACGUGAACCCUUUAACUAAGGAGAAGGGGGGCCCCCGUGGUCCAGAACCCACUCGCUACGGAGACUGGGAGAGAAAGGGCCGCUGUGUUGACUUCUAGUACGUUACUAAUAAAUCUGAUGUUUCACACCUGCAUUAUGGAGCAGUAGAGUCAGUAUCACUUUUUAAACCACUGAUUGUUUUUGCUGUAAAAGUCAGUGUUUCAGAUCAGAAGGUGAGACACUGUGUUUCCGACUGUGACUGUAUUCAUACUCAUAUGUGUUGGAUAAAGAAACUAGUGUGCUCAAAGUGUGUCCUGGCUGUUAAUGCUUUGCAUUUUGUUGACAAAAACAAAAUUUCAUCUGAAAUCACUCUCGUGUUGAGCUCUGAGACAUGUUUUGCACACUGAUGAUGUUGUGUUGCAGGCAUAGACUGUAUAUGGCAGCUAGACUGGUCCUUUGUUGUCAAUAUUAAGAUCAAUAAAAGCAAAGGUGAUUAUAUGUACAA